CUCAUUGUAGUCGCAGACGGGAAAAUGGCGCGAAAAUCGUUAUCAAUGAAGAUGCGCUCACGCAUGUAAUUGUCACGCCGAAACCAAUUUUUCAUCAGUUGCGCCCCAACCUCCGGUCGAGGCGCCCGCUCGCCGCUCUCAAAAACCCCGUGAUAUCGCGUGUUAACCAUAAAAACAUGAAGUACCUUACACAACUGGCGGCUGCCUUAGCCGUGGUGACCAUCACAUCUACGAGCGUGGUGAAGUCCCCGAUGGUCACUCCUGGUGACGGCAAGUUGGAGCUGCUCAUCCUGCACAACAACGACAUGCACGCACGCUUCGAGCAGACCUCGCAACUCAGCGGCGCCUGCACCGCGGCAGACAGAGAGGCCGGCAAAUGCUACGGAGGGUUCCCGAGGGUCGCACAUGUGGUGAAGGAAGCGCGCCGCGCCGCUGCCUCGGGCGAGGGCCCGCCAGUUCUAUACCUGAACGCCGGAGACACCUACACGGGGACUGCCUGGUUCACUAUCUACAAGUGGAAGAUUGCCGCGGAGUUCAUAAACGCAUUGCAACCAGAUGCCGUGUCUCUGGGCAACAAUGAACUUAAUGCUGGAUCGAGUGAGCUGUCGCCUUUCUUAGAAAACUUGGAAACAAAUAUAGUGGCCACUAAUGUCAUCGUCAAAGGAAGGGAAGAUAAGCUACAAAAAUCCUUAGUGUUUGAUAUAAAAGGCGUCAAAAUCGGCCUCGUUGGCUAUCUCGCUCUUGACGCUAAAGUCCUAGACAGUGUCGGUAAUGUCGAAUACAUAGAUGAAGUCAUAGCUCUGAAAGAAGAAGUUACAAAACUACAAGAACAAAAUAUCAACAUUAUAAUAGCUUUAGGACACGCUGGUCUCGAUAAAGACAUAGAGAUAGCAAGAGAAGUAGAAGGAGUAGACUUAGUGAUUGCUGGUGAGAAAAAUACUUUCAUGUGGAACGGCGCAAGCGCUAUAGAUCAGGAAUUAAAUGAACCUAUUGAAGUAAUUCAAGAAUCAGGAAAACGUGUACCAGUAAUCCGAUCUUCUGCGUACAAUACCUACUUAGGCCAAAUCUACGCUGAAUUUGAUGCUUUUGGAGAAAUUACAGCAUUGAGUGUAGAUCCAAUUGUUCUUGAUGACUCCGUAAAGCAAGAUAAUGAAUCUGUUGAUAUUCUCAAUAUGCUUCAUGCAGAAUUUUCAACAAGACAGGAAGAAAUACUUGGUCAAACUGCCGUUGUACUCGAUGGAGAUUCUUGUAAAUACGAGGAAUGUAAUCUGGGCAACCUGAUAACAGAUGCUAUGGUAUACUAUCAUGCUACAAGGUUUGAGGGCGAACAACCGUGGACUGACGCUUCUAUAGCGAUUAUUCCUGCUGAUAUAAUUAAUGCAUCUAUAGCACCAUCUAUCCGACCAGCGAGCAUCACGUUAGGCGACAUACUAACAGUCUUACCGGUUGAAAGUAACAUAGUUACUGUUACUAUGAACGGAACUAUUCUACUUCAAGUAUUAGAACAUGCUGUGUCCGACUACGAUGUAUCCAGUGAGCGGUUCCUACAACUUUCUGGUAUUCGAGUAGAGUAUAAUUUAGAGAAUGAAAUCGGUUCAAGAGUAGUGUCCGCUGUAGCACGUUGUUCCUCGUGUUAUGUCCCCGAAUUCUAUUCUAUUGACUCUAGGAGUUACACUGUAAUGAUGCCUGCGUCUUUAGCUAAUGGUGAUUAUGGAUAUUCUAUGCUCGUAGGACUGCCAAGAGAAAAUUUGGAGUACGAUGAAGUAACAUGUACAGCAGAAUUCAUUCGACAGCGCAGCCUAGUAUAUCCCGAAGUAGCCGGUCGCAUUUCGCUGGGAAACCAUGAGUUUGAUGACGGCGUCUCGGGCCUGACACCAUUCAUAGAAAAUUUGACGUGUCCUGUACUAGCUGCUAAUCUUAAUCUCUACAACGAACCUACUUUACAAAAAGAAGCAAAUCUAAUGAAAUCAGUCGUAUUCGAUAUUAACGGUACACAAGUUGGAGUCAUAGGUUAUCUAACCCCUGAAACUAAAGUCCUAGCUGUAAGAAACAAUGUUGAAUAUAUCGAAGAAAUAAUCGCUAUCAGACAAGAGGCAACAAGGCUGAAAAAUACAGGAGUUAAGAUUCUGAUAGCUCUCGGUCACUCUGGUUUCAAUAAAGACUUGGAAAUCGCUGAAAAAGUAGAAGACAUAGAUCUAGUUAUAGGAGGACACACAAACACAUUUUUAUGGAAUGGCACUAGUCCUGAUGUAGAGAAUCCAGAAGGCCCAUAUCCUACACUAGUUAAGCAAGCUUCAGGUAGACAGGUACCCGUGGUGCAAGCUUACGCUUACACUAAGUAUUUAGGCAAGUUGCAUUUAACAUUUGAUGAAGAUGGCGAAAUCGUUCACAUUGACGGAAAUCCUAUUCUUUUAGACAAAUCUAUACCUCAAGAUCCAGAAGUUUUACAAAUUGUUGAGCGAUAUAGAGAAGGAGUAAUGAAGAUAUCGGAGGUAGUAGUAGGUAGUACGGCUGUGGUAUUAAAUGCGGUAACUUGUAAAAGGGGGGAGUGUAGCUUGGGCAAUUUGAUAACAGAUGCAAUGGUACAUAAGUAUGCAUCGGAAUACAGAGGACAAGGGUGGACAGACGCACCAGUAGCUAUUAUUCAACGUGGAGGCAUCAGAGCUUCGAUUGUUCACAUAGAGCGACCUGCAAAUAUAACAAAGGGUGAUCUUCUAGCUGUGAUGCCGUUUGAUGGCAAUUUAAAGAAAGUUGAAAUAAGCGGUGAUAAAAUCUUAAAGAUGUUGGAAUAUGCCGUUGCCAAAACUGAAUACGGACGUUUUCCUGGUCAAUUUUUACAUUUCUCCGGUAUGUUUGUUGAGUAUGACAUAAAAAAUCGACCAGGCAUGAGGGUGGUAAAAGCAUCUGUCCGGUGUGGUAUAUGUGAUGUACCUAUGUAUUUUCCAGUGAACAGAAGCGAAACAUACCAUAUAUUGAUGCCCUCAUUCUUAGCCAGUGGAGGAGACGGAUUCUCGUCCCUCGGAAAUCACGAGUUCGACAACGGCGUCAGUGGACUCACGCCAUUCAUAGAGACGUUGAAAUGCCCUGUCCUAGCAGCCAAUCUUAUACUUGAUAAAGUCCCUGAAUUAGCUAAUCAAACCAACCUUAAGAAAUCCAUCGUGUUCGAUAUAGCUGGCACCAGAAUAGGUAUAAUAGGUUACCUGACUCCAGAAACCAAGCAAUCUGCUAUUAAAAAUAAUGUCGAAUACAUAGAUGAAAUUACAGCUAUUCAAGAAGAAGUUUAUAACCUGCAAAAUGAUGGAGUCAACAUCCUAAUAGCACUUGGUCACUCGGGCUAUGAUAAGGAUCAGCAAAUUGCCAGGGAAGUGGAAGGUAUUGACCUUGUUAUAGGAGGACACACCCACAGUUUUCUGUGGAACGGCUCUGUUCCAGACACGGAGGAAUCUCAAGGACCUUAUCCAACUUAUGUGACCCAGGACUCGGGGCGGAUUGUUCCAGUAGUUCAAGCGUACGCAUAUACCAAGUAUUUUGGAAAAAUACACUUAAUAUUUGACUCUGAUGGGGAAAUCACUUUCUCCGAUGGAUUACCUAUUCUUCUUGACAAGACAGUUCCUCAGGAUCCAGAAAUAGUAAAAAUAUUGGAACGUUACCGAAAAGAAAUUCUAAAUAUUACAAGCCAAGUUGUUGGUAAUACAUCCGUCAUACUCGAUGGACAAACGUGCGAUAAAAAAGAAUGCAAUCUUGGUAAUCUAAUAACUGAUUCAAUGAUUCAUUACUAUGCAACCCAUUAUACUGGAGAGCACUGGACUGACGUUCCAAUCGCCAUGAUGCAAGCAGGUGGUAUAAGGGCAUCUGUUGCUCAUAUAAAAAUGCCGACAGAUAUUACUAAAGAAGAUCUUUUAGCAGUCAUGCCUUUUAAAGGUCCCCUAGCAACAAUAACCAUGAAUGGUACAAUACUUCUAGAGAUGCUAGAACAUUCCUCUUUGGGAAACCACGAAUUCGACGAAGAAGUGGCCGGAGUGGUACCCUUCAUAAGAAACGUUUCGGCCCCCGUCCUAGCAGCCAACCUGAUCCUGGAUUCUGUACCCGAAAUGCAAGAAGAAACAAAUCUACGUAAAUCAGUUAUCCUCCAUAAGAAGGGAGUAAAAAUCGGCGUCAUAGGAUAUCUAACCCCAGACACGAAGUUCCUAGCUCCACGAAACAAAGUCGAAUAUGAAGAUGAAAUAAUAGCAUUAAGAAGAGAAGUCGCAAAACUCAAGGAUCAAAACGUAAAAAUACUCAUAGCCCUCGGACAUUCCGGUUUCAUUAAAGACUUACAGAUAGCCAAAGAAGUUGAUGAUUUAGAUCUAGUAAUAGGAGGUCAUUCCAACACUUUUUUGUGGAACAGUAAUACUACGAAGGAAAAGCCUGAAUACCCGCAAGGAUCUUAUCCCACUUGGGUAACGCAAGCAUCAGGUAGAAAAGUUCCCGUGGUGCAAGCAUACGCUUACACUAAAUAUAUAGGAAAGUUGCAUUUGAUCUUCGAUUCCAAUGGGGAAAUAAUAGAAUGCGAUGGAACACCAAUAUUGUUAAACCAAGACAUUCCAAAAGACCCAGAAUUAUUUAGAUUGAUAGAGAAAUAUCGUGCCAAUAUAGACAGUAUAAAUAACGAAGUCGUCGGUAGUUCGAUGGUGUUUUUAAAUGGAGAAGUUUGUCGUUUGCGAGAAUGCAAUAUAGGUAACGUGAUCACUGACGCAAUUCUGUAUUACACUAAGAAGUAUUACGAUGAUCAACACCCGGAAACCUACAUAUCUGUUGUGCAAGGAGGUAGGAUAAGGGCUUCCAUCAGUAACCCAAAAGAGCCACCGUUUGGGUUGACUCAUGGCGACUGGAUCACAGUUCUACCGUUUUCGGAUACGCUUAGUAUUGUCUACAUGAACGGUACUACAUUAUUGCAGACAUUAGAACAUUCCGUUGACUCGUGGCGUAAAAUUGAUACACCUGGACAAUUUCUGCAGGUGUCCGGGAUCAGUGUUACGUAUGAUUUGGCGAAACCACCUGGCUCUCGUGUUGUAGCCGCUCAAGCUACUUGCUCGAACUGCACUGACUUGGAAGAUAUUAGACCAGGUUAUCAAUACAACUUAAUAAUGUCCACUUUCUUGGCUGAUACUGGCGACGGGUACUCUAUGUUUGAAGGGCUUAGAAAAGAAACACUUCCAUACAGUGAAGUUAGUUGUGUUAUAGAAUAUCUGAAAAAAUAUAGUCCUAUAAAUCCAGGAGUGUAUGGUCGUGUCAUAGUUCUGAAUGAAGAUAAAGUAAAUAAUAUUCCAGUCUUAACUAAUUCAAAUAGCAUAAGGGAAAGUAGACUUUUAGGGUCAGGCGCUGCGAAAAUCUACAGCAGUAUCAGUUUUAUAGCUCUCUUACUUUUAUUCACAUCCAAUGUGGACUUUUAAACCUAAUAUUUAAUCAUUUGUGCCAUCUACCUCUAUUCUACGUAGAAUUAUAAUUAUUAUCUCAAUACAGAAAUAACCAUUUCAGUCAUUCAAAGGCAUAUAUUUUUAGAUUAUAUAAUAAAAUGACAAUGCUUAAAAUUAUAUAACAUAAGUAAUAAAAUAUUUUAGAAUAUAAGGCACUAUUACUUAAAAAGCUCAAUGUAAUAACAUAGCAAUGUAAAUAAACUCUUAGUACAAUUUUUGGUAUACACAUUUUUAGAUAAUAGAUAAUAUGUGAUAAUGUAUGUACAUUGUACAACAUUUACUGAAAAUAAAUUAUAUACCUACAGUACAUAGCUUUUGAUUAACUUCUAAUAGAACU